AACUCCCACUGUACUAUCUACCAUACCAUUUGUUGGAUCCUUGCUGCUUUGUUUUGCUCACUCAUUCAUUCAUUUGUCCUUUCUUCAUUUAUUCAUAAACAUUUAGUCUCACCUACUGAAUGGAUGGGGCUCAUGCUAGACAGCAAGGCUCUUUGAGGUGGGGCUAUGCCUCACCGCUCUCCUGUCUACACUCUGUGUAGCAAGGGAGGUGAUGCUCAUUUCCAUCCCUCCUCAGCGAGAUGAUAGUCAGUGGUGAGGCUGAGGCCCCUUUCAGCUGCUAUUUCUGUGGACGGGCUGAACUCUGCUGCUCACCAGGCUCUUGGGGUUAGGGGUGAGCAAGGGAAUGGAAGGAGGAGGUUGGUCCAGUGUGGGCAUGAGUUCUUCUCAGGAACACAGCCAUCCAUCCCUCAAGUUCUCAAGGACAUGGACACAGUCCUUCCUCCAGCACCCACCGCCGGGGUGUAGAAGAAUGCAGACUGUCCUGGAAAUCUGGACUUCUGUGUUCUCAUUGCAGCUUUGUUGCUUGACUUUCUGUAAGCUGCCUUCCCUCCCUGGGCCUCAGUUUCCCUCCCUGCUGAACCAGAUGAUCUCUAAGGCCCCCCUCCAGCUCUAACCUGCAAGCCUGUCUCUUCACCCCAACUCCUUCCCCAGUUCAGAGAACCCGGGCAUCCAGCUGCCCCACCCCAGCUCUGGGUAAACAGGAAGCUGGGUGAGGGGAGCAGGGGUGUGCGGAAAGUCCCAGCCAGGUGUGUGGGUCUAUGGGGAGGGGGUGGCCCCACCCCUGAGGUAUGAAAGCCCCCCUGCCCUGGCCCUGGCUCAGUCUCCAUGGGGGCACUGGGGCUAGAGGGCCGGGGUAGGAGGCCCCAGGGGAAGGGCUGCCUCCUGCUGGCUGUGGCAGGAGCCACCUCCCUGGUGACCCUGCUGCUGGCUGUGCCUAUCACUGUCCUGGCUGUGCUGGCCUUGGUGCCCCAAGAGCAGGGAGGACAGGUAACAGGGACGGCUGACCCGGGGGCACAGGCCCAGGCCCAGCAGCGAUUGGGUAAGAGCAGACCAUCACCCCCUCCCCUGCUCCAGCCCUUCAGGGAUGCCCAGCUCCCAUUCAUCUGCAUCCCCAGAAGAGCUUUUCCUCCCGGAAUCCAGGUGCCCCAUCCUUGGGCCCUGGCGCUCGGUCCUCUCAGGGGGACCAUGCAUGGAUGGCCACCCUGGCCCCCAAUCGUGGACUCUUCGCCCCUUCCAGGGACACAGGUGCUGCCAGAGGAAGAGGCAGGAACAGAUUUCAGCUCCAGGCUCCCAGCUGCCCACCUCAUAGGUGCUUGGACGAAGGGGCAGGGGCUAGGCUGGGAGGCCAAGAAAGAAGAGGCGUUUUUGAGGAGCGGGACGCAGUUCUCCGGCGCCGAGGGACUGGCGCUCCCACAGGACGGCCUCUAUUACCUCUACUGUCACGUCGGCUACCGGGGUCGGGCGCCCCCUGCCGGCGGGGGCCCCCUCGACCACUCGGUCACGCUGCGCAGCCGGCUGUACCGGACCGGGGGCGCGUAUGGACCGGGGACUCCCGAGCUGCUGCUGGAGGGCGCAGAGACCGUGACCCCGGUCUUGGACCCGUCCCGGACGCACGAGUACGGGCCUCUCUGGUACACGAGUGUGGGCUUCGGGGGCCUGGUACAGCUCCGGAGGGGCGAGAGGGUGUACGUCAAUAUCAGUCACCCCGAUAUGGUGGACUACAGGAGAGGGAAGACCUUCUUUGGGGCUGUGAUGGUGGGGUGAGGGCCGCCUGCGGCCCCGGGGAAAGCGACUGCAUGGCUGGAAUGUGUGACCCAGCCCAGAUAUUGGGGACCCGGCCUCCAGGGACCCCGUGGCAGUGGGAAAAAUGUAGGAGACUGUUUGAAAACUGAUUUCGAGCCUGAAGAAAAUAAAGAAUGUAAACCUUUAGUGUUGCCAAAUACAGAUGCUGAGAUGCUAGUAUGUCUUAAUUCAGGGUUGGUAAGAAGUGUUGGUAAAAUAUUCUUUUUCUGGUUGCUUGAAACAAUCAAAUCAAUUCCUGUGGCCUCUACUCUCUGAGAAGGCCAUCUGUGGCGUUCCCACCCACCUCCUUCCUCCGAAUGCACUUGUCCCAACCUUAGCCCAUUUGGAAGGUGGAAGAAGGGGAUCUCAAACUGCAAAGCAUCUCCAACCAUCCUUAUUCUCAGAGCCACAUAGUCCUCAGCAGACUCCACACUGCAUUUUCUCUUGGGUCCCUUCUAUCAGUGACAGGGGUCAUUACAGGGGAAGGCAAGCAUUGCUCUGGAAGACCGAGCACAGAGUGAGGAAUGAUCCCUGAGGGCCUAGCACUUCUCCCCUGCUGCCUGCCUGGUUGCCUGAAGGCCCCUUUAGCCACUACCUUCAAGGAAAAACACAGCUCUGGGGGGUGAAGGGAGGAGACUGAAAGAGAGAGCUGGGGCGGGGAGGGUACCUGAGGACACCAGGGAGAACUCGAGGAGGAAACUCUGUUGGCCACCUGGCCCUGUCCAGGGUGAGAUGGAAAGUCCUCACCCCUUGUUCGUACUUCAGCUGUGCUUUCCAUGCACGGGCAAGUAUUGGGGCCCCGGGGUGAAUAACAACAGCCCCAUCACCCCAUGACACACUUUCAGCUCCAGGCUGGAGGAGGCAGAGAGGGACCCAAGGCCCUAACUAGGUCACCCCAGUGGGUUAUCCCACUGCGGCAGACCACACGGUUUCCCCCUGCCUGGCAGCCCUGGCAGGAAGGAAGGGCCAACUUCUGAACCCAGUGGGGACUCCCACUCCCUGGGUCUUCAUUUCUGACUCCAUAUUUGUCUUUGACUCUGUGUCCAGAAGAGUCUUCCUGGGGACAGAGAGUGCUUUUUUUCUCUUUUCAGCUCACUCACCUCAUGUCCCUCCCCUCAUCAUUCACCAAGAAAAUCUGUGAGAGUUUGCACCUACAGCCUCAGAAGUCUUACCUACUACAUGGGCUACUGGCUUGUCACUCGGAGUUCGAGAAGAUGAUCCUGAGGAGGAAAGAGGAAAG